AUGACCCAAUUUGAAACUCUAACUUUUGAAUCAAUUACUAUAGCUAAUGUUAACCACCAAAAUUUGAAGGCAGACGAAGUGUUUGCAGAGGUGGGCAUCCACCUAGAUCCAAAGCCCAAAGCAACAGUCAAGGCUUCCCUACAAACACACGCAAAGGCAUCACUGAAAGCCAAAGUCGAUACUGGUGCCCAAGGGAAUAUACUCCCCCUAAGAUUAUACCGGGCGAUGUACCCCUGCAAAAUUGAUCUGAAGGGCAACCCCAAGAAAGGAGCUACAAAACAUUCUAAUACUAUCCUCACAGCAUAUGGGGGAUCCAAGUUACACCACCAUGGCACCGUCACCAUUGAUUGCGAAUUCAAAGGCAAAAGAUCUGCUGCACAGUUCUAUGUCACAGACACACAAGGCCCUGCUAUCAUUGGCCUACCAACGUUGAUUGACCUCAACCUUGUGAAAUUCAAUUGUGCCAUACUCAAACAAGUGUUACACAGCAACACACUAUGGUCCACCACAAGAACCCCUGAGCAACCACCACUAACCACCAGAACCCCCGAACGACCACCAAUACCCAAACCAAUAAAGAGCAAAGAAGAUUUGAUAGAUCAAUACCCAUAG